AUGGCAGACAUCAACGACCUCAUGGCGCACGCUGGAGACUUUGGGCCUUUCCAGAAGAGAUUGCUGGUGCUGUGCUCCCUGCCAUUGACCCCCUUCGCCUUUGUCCUGGUGGGCACCGUUUUCUUAGGGAAGACGGCGGAACACUGGUGCGCAGGCCGGCAGGGCCAACGCCUCCAGGAGGAAUGCGGCUGGACGGCGGUCGAGGCGAGGGAAGUCACCGUGCCCCGCUCAGGCCCGUCCUUCAGCCGCUGUGAGAGGUUUGACUUGAACUGGAGCCACAGUCUGAACGGAUGUGGCCAAGCGGACUGGCUGCCGUCCAACCGCACCCCGGUGGUACCCUGCGAGCGCUGGAUGUUCAAUGAAAGCCACAGCACUUUUGUCUCUGAGUUCUCGUUGGUGUGUGAGAGCUCCUGGCUGGCCGACCUCAACCAAGUCACCCUGGCGUGUGGCCUUUUCUUUGGCGCGUUCAUCACUGGCUACAUGGCGGACAGGUUUGGCAGGAAACCGUGUUUUAUCGCCUUCAUGCUCGGCCUCAGCAUGGCCGGUGUUGGCGUCAUGCUGUCGCCGUGGUACCCGCUGCUGCUCGUGUUUCGCUCUCUGCAAGGCUUUUUUGGAAAGGGAGCGUGGUCGGCGUCCUACGUGCUACUGUUUGAGUUCUUCGGCUCGAACAACAGGAAACUGGUGUCCAUGGUGUGUCAGACGUUCUACUCCAUCGGUAUGGUGAUCCUGCCUGGUCUGGCAUACCUCGUGACCUCCUGGAGGAUCCUGCAACUCGUCAUGAGUGCCCCUUGCUUCCUGUUCAUCUCGUACUACUGGAUUGUUCCAGAAUCUCCACGCUGGCUCUUGGCUCAAAAGAGGACAUCAGAGGCCACAAGGAUCAUGUCCGAUGUCGCCAAGCGCAACGGGAGAAGUCUGCCGCCAAACUUCCAAGAGGUGGUUCCCUUGGAGAUGAAGAAAGAAGUGCAUCCUGUAUCGGUCCUGGACUUGGUGAGGACGCCUUACAUCAGGAGAAACACGCUCAUUCUAACCUACGCCUGGUUUACAAGCAGCAUUGUGUACUACGGUCUGGUGUUGCGCCUGGGGAUAACGGGUGACAACCAUUUCUUGGACUCCUUCAUCUCUGCCCUGGUGGAGCUUCCCACGGGCCUCAUUUUCUACCUUCUGGUUGACAGAAUCGGUCGACGCUCCCUGAUGGCCGCCACCAAUUUAAUGGGCGGCCUCGCCUGCCUCAUUGUGCCCUUCGUCUCCUCGGACUUGUCGUGGUUGAAGAAAGCCACAGCGAUCGUCGGGAGGCUCGCCGUCGCUGUUGGAUUCGAGGCGGUCAGCUUUUCCAACAUGGAGAUGUAUCCGACCACUCUGAGGAAUGUGGGCGUGUCCGUGUGCUCAUCGGCCAGCGACGUCGGCAUCAUUGUGGCCCCGUUGCUCCUCUACAGGCUGGCGAGCAUCUGGCAGGAGCUCCCGCUGCUGGUCUUUGGGACAAUGUCGCUGGCGUAUGGCGGCUUGGUGAUGUUGCUGCCCGAGAUGACGGGAGUGGCGCUGCCGGAGACCAUAGAGGACAUGGAGAACUACCUCAGACGGAACCGCAACCCAGACAAGGACGCCAGCGGCUCGGUUAUGCCGUGAGACGGCCCAGCCUCGACAUUUCUGCAUCCUUCCUUCGUCUUUACCAAAAUCACGCCGAUUCCUCUUCCUCCCAACGCUACCACCUUCUUCUCAGGCCAUCUCUGCUGUUGCUUUGUUGAGAAGUUUCCAAAUAGUUCAACUUUCUUCUCGUGAUUGUUCUUCUCAACAUAUUCGGACUCUCUCCCCCCUCCCCUGGUCCUCAUUUCCCAAAAUGUACAACGUUAGAGUUUGUUUGUCAUCUUGUGAAAAGCAAUGACUUUCUACGCUACUAAAGUCACCUCAUUCUUCCUCAAAACGUUACAGGCUUACUCGGAACAUUGCAGCCUUUUUUUUCUCAUUAGAAUAAUUUUUUCUGUGAAUAUUUGGACUUUAUUCUGGUCGUGACAGCCGUUUUUCAACUAUUUAACGUACAUUUUCUUCCCGUACUUUGUUCUCAUGACUUCAUUCAUUUUCCAAAAUGUACAACUUUGCUCUUUGUUUUGUUUAUCAUAAUAUAGACUUUGGACACCCGUGUUGUUUUAGCCCCCCCAGGGUUCUACUAGGAAUGAAAGGAGUAAUGAAAGUGUUACGUGAUGAUUGGAUGGUGUCCCACACAUUCACUUUUGAAUGAAUGAAUGAAUGAACGAGUGCCCAAUGAAGUGGAAAUAAAGUGAACUGUGGACAUGGUAGGUCUCCAUCCAGACAACAAUAGCAGCGAUUGUUUGUAGACCUCACUGAGGUGGGGGAUCGUGUCCCGCUGAAGGUUUACCCAGAAACGGCCAAGAGUGGCCAGCAAAAGCCGCCCCACAUACGCGGCGUCGACCGAACGGAAUGACCCGCGCCAAGGUGUCACGGUGUCGAGCGUAGACGCGCCGAUUCUUUCACGAAACACAAAAACUCAACAAAGGACAGCUCUUUUUGUUCCUUUAAAAAAACAACAACGUUUCUAAUGACUUCAACUUUCCUCUUGUAAACAUCAUGAUGGUUUCAUAUUCAUAUUCAUCCUCUUGUAAACGUAAUGAUGGUUUCAUAUUCAU